AUGAGGGAAGGUAAUCAAUCAUUUACCCUGGAUUUUAUCCUCCUGGGAGUUAGCGGUCAGCAGAGACAGGAAAAGUUCUUCUUCAUCCUCUUCCUGCUCAUUUACCCCAUCACACUGAUUGGAAACCUGCUCAUCAUCUUGGCCAUUUGCUCUGACAUUCGCCUUCACCACCCCAUGUAUUUUUUCCUUGCUAACCUCUCCUUUGUUGACAUCUUCUUCUCUUCUGUAACCAUCCCGAAGAUGCUAGCCAACCAUCUCUUGAGCACCAAAACCAUCUCCUUUGGGGGAUGCCUGACACAGAUGUAUUUCAUGAUUGCCUUGGCUAACACAGAUAGCUAUAUCCUGGCUGCAAUGGCAUAUGAUCGUGCUGUGGCCAUCAGCCGGCCACUUCAUUACACAACGAUUAUGAGCCCACGAACUUGUGUCCUGCUAGUUGUUGGGUCUUGGGUGGUUGGAAACACUAAUGCCCUCCCCCAUACUCUGCUCACAGCUCGCCUGUCCUUCUGUGGCAACCAGGAAGUGGCCAACUUCUACUGUGACAUUGUACCUUUGCUCAAGCUGACCUGCUCUGACAUCCACUUUAAUGUGAAGAUGAUGUACCUCGGGGUUGGUGUUUUCUCUGUGCCAUUGCUGUGUAUCAUCAUCUCCUAUGUUCGGGUCUUUUCCACAGUCUUACUAGUACAUGUUCCAUCUGCCAAGGGUGUGCGCAAAGCCUUCUCCACCUGUGGUUCCCACCUCACAGUUGUUUCUUUGUAUUAUGGGACAGUCAUGGGCAUGUAUUUCCGCCCUCUGACUAGCUACAGUCUAAAGGAUGCUGUGAUAACUGUGAUGUACAUGGCAGUGACUCCAAUGUUAAACCCUUUCAUCUACAGUCUGAGAAAUCAGGACAUGAAGGCUGCCCUGGGGAAACUCAUCAGCAAAAGAAUCUCCAUGUAA